UUGUGUACGAACAACUUCAAUUUCAACGUGUUUUUUUUUGCGUGUUACACAAAAUAACCCUUUUAUCCUCUUGUUAAAUAAAUUGCAUUAUUUUUUGGAACAUUGACCGGAAGUACAACUUUUUUUCUUCCGGAUAAGUUACUGCUUCGGAAGUAUGGUUACAUAUGCAAGCAACACAUUAGACCGAAGCUAGCGAAGACGUCCGGCAAAUAGGAACGAACACCGAGCCUGUCGUAGCGGAACUUUACAGCACUAGUGGGGGACUCAACAAGACGGUCCGUUACUAUACAACGUCCUGCUGACGGCACAUGAGCCAUGGAGGGUCCGUCCUCUCGCUUAUUGGCCCCCCGGGACGGCCCGUCGUGGCUGGCGGGCAGGAGAGACUCCAUCGGGGAUGCAGAGUCAGACCGAGACAUAAAGACACACUUUCGCGUCUGUCGCUUCAUCAUGGAGACAGGAGUGAAGCUGAGGAUGCGCUCAGUGCCCGUAGCCACCGCCUGCGUGUUGUACCACCGCUUCUUUGAACGUGUCAGCGUGCACGCUUAUGAACCCUACCUGGUGGCCAUGAGCUGUGUGUACCUGGCCGGCAAAGUGGAGGAGCAGCACACCAGGACCCGUGACAUCAUCAACGUAAGCCACAGGUUCUUCAACAGUGGCAGUGCUCCUCUAGAAUGUGACAAGGAGUUCUGGGAUUUGAGGGACAGCGUGGUGCAGUGCGAGCUCCUCAUCCUCCGACAGCUUAACUUCCAAGUCUCCUUUGAACACCCUCACAAGUAUUUACUCCACUACCUGUUGUCCGUGAAGUCACUUGUGAACCGCCACGCUUGGUCUCGAACCCCCAUCGCUGAGACUUCAUGGGCUUUGCUUAGAGACUGUUACCACGGAGCCAUGUGCAUCCGCCACAUACCACAACACAUCGCCAUAGCAACGCUGCACCUGGCUCUAAACAGCUACGGAGUGGAGCUGCCUGUCGGGGAGAAGGACUGGUGGCAGGUGCUGUGUGUGGACGUGACCAAAGCACACAUCGACGCUGUGGUCUCUGACCUUCUUCAACUCUACGACAUGGAGGCCAAGUGUGUCUGAGGGACACGCCUACGAGGCGUACACACUGGAGACGCAUGAGAGUUGUUGUGUCUGUAUGAGCAGCAUGGGUCAUUUCGCCCGUGGGUGUGUCGUUCCCUGCAUGUCUGGGUUCAGGUGCAAUCGUGUAUUUGUGUGUUAGAGAGGAACACUCUGUUUUGCCCCAGUUAGUCUGUGAGCUGUGACAAAAACACACCCGCACCAACCGCUUCCUGCCACCGUGGGGAGACAUAUCACAUAUCAGCAUACUGAUGUGCUCUGGAGUUUAUCAUCAGCACCAG